UAGUAACCACAGAAGCAUUGCCAGUCACUGCACCAGUGGAGAGAUCUGUAGUGCAUACCACAGUCACAACAUCCACCUUACUCUCUUCACCAAAGUUGUCAACAAGAACCAAGACUCCUGUAAAGAAUGAAAAUCAGGACAACUUCGAAACAAUCAGCUCUGAAAUAGACUGGAUGACAAUGGACCCAUCUCAGAGCAAUAUCCCAAUAAGAAAAAGGGGUAGAAAUCGUAAAACUACACAAAACAAUCAAAUGAAACCCACGGAAAAUGAUCAUGCAAUGAACAGAACUGAUCAGGAGAUAGUAGAAAAUGUCCAAGCAGUCAAUACUGACAAUAGUGUAUCUGAAACUCUAGAGACUGGUAUAGACAAUAGGAAUGCUCAUCCUAAAAAGAAUGAAGUGAGCCGGUUUGAACUCAGUCAGGCUAUUGCUGAAUAUGAACUGUACAUUGCCAAUGAAAAUAGUGCAAAGGAUAUUGAGGAGAGAAAUGUUAACACUAGUUUAGAUACAGAAGCGAAUGUAAAACAAACAGAACUGAUUGAAGACAUCGUAGACCAUCUUGAGGCUUUACCAGAUCCUCUGGUGUCUGGUAAACUUGAUGAAAAUGAAUUGUUGAAGUUAAAAGAGACAGAAGAGAAGGCAGACAAGUAUGGUGUGGAAAGAGGAAUAGAUAUAACACAGACCCCACAUAAACCUGAGACUAGAAGGUUUCGUACAAGGGCAAAUAUGAGUGUGGUGGAGGCUGCCUCACAAAUGAAGGCCAAGUCAAAUGCAAUGACCACAAUAUCUACUGCAAAGAAUAGGAGAAAGAAAGGACAAAAAAGAUCUCCAACAGUUCUUAAUACUGAUAAAAAGAUCGGUUCAGAAAUUAAAAGGUUGUUGACGAAUCCUGCAAAAAAGUGUAAAAGAAAUGGAGCUAGUUAAUGAAAAAGAGACAGGAGUAGCGAAAACAGGUUUGGAACCUGAAAAGAAUGUACCUAAAAAGUAUGAAGUAACACCAAAAAAGACAAAUGAAACUAAAGAAAUGGGGGAUAAAGAAAACAACAACAAAGAUAUAGAAACAUUGAAGAAAGUGGUUGAAGAUUUAACAGGAAAACCAGGAACAGAAGGAGGUGAUGAAACCCCUAAUGAACCAUCUGAUAUAUAUCCUUCAGCUCCAAAGAAGGCAAAGUUCAGAAAGUCAACCAUGGAACAACAGGAACUGAAAGACACUGUAUAUAUGAGACCGCCUCCUAAAAAACGUACUAAAGAAAUACGAGAGAUGAUGAAAAAUGAAGAAGAUGGCAAACUUAGAGGUAAAGAAUCUUUUGAAAGUUCCAAGACUUCAGCAGAUGGAGAGUUAGAUAAAAAAGAAGUUGAGAAGGAGAAUGCCACAAAGAAAGUUAAGAAAAGCAAAAGGAAAAGGCCUAAAGUGAAAAACGAUAUUGUUAUGGCAAAGGUUUAUGAAAUAGAGAAACUUGCGGCUACAGUAGAUGCCGUGAAGAUUUAUCGAUGUGCAUUUUGCUCCGUGGAGUUCAAAUUUGCUAAACGCGCUGUUACUCAUUUAAUCGGCACCCAUGAUAUUGAUUUGGAUGACACACCAGACUAUGUGUCUGUCGAGAAAAAGUCCAAGAAUAUUAAAGAUUUACAGGAAUGUGAUAUUUGUGGAUUCCGACCGAAAGAAUCAGGGACAUAUUACAUUCAUUAUCAUAAAUACUUCCGACAUCAAAUCCCGCUACCAAAAGGUUGGCAUGCAUAUAAAUGUGAUCUUUGUCAAAAAGAGUUCUUUACAAAAUUUCAAUUACGCGAACAUAAACUUAUUCACUUUGAAGAUAAUCCAUUCGUUUGCGAACAAUGCGGAAGUGGAUUUAGGUCUCGAACAUGCCUUAACAGUCAUGUGUUCCACAAGCACAGCUCCAUACGCAAACACAAGUGUCCCGACUGUCCAAAGACAUUCAAAACGGCAACUCAAAUGAAAGUUCAUCAGCGUGUACAUACUGGGGAGAAGCCAUUUUUGUGUCCCGUGGAACUAUGUAAUUAUCGUAGCACAACUCGUGGAAAUAUGAAACUUCAUUUAAAUAGCAAGCAUAAACUAACUCAAGCCGCAGUCAAAAGCCUAAUGGAGGCACUUGAGGCAAGUGAUGUUAAUGCUGACCCGCUUAUAUUUGAAGAAAGUUUGGAAAGUGAAGCAAAUAAGCAAACUUUACCAACAGAGGCUGCAACGGAAGCUGGGCCUUUUGAUAUUUUAGUACAGACUGCUACACUUGAAAACAACAAUGACGUUACAGAUAAUCAUAAUCAAUAUAUGACCAGUCAAAUGGAGGUCAUGACUCAAGACAAUGUGAUGGUUUCUACCUACAAUCCUUCAGCGUCUGGCAGCAAUCCCAUUCUUUUGAAUGCCCGAGAUUAUUCUUUAGUAACACAAGCUGCUGUACAGAAUCAAGAUCUAGAUAUGGUAAUACCAGAGGAUAACCAAAUGAUGGAAAACCAGAAUAUUCCACGUCACGUAGAAAUGCUGAUUCAGGACGCACAUCAGUUUAUGCAACAUCAAGAGAACCCGAACCAGGGUCAAUAUGUUCAAGAUUAUCAGGCUAAUACGGAGAAUGAAAUUCAAAACUUAAGAAGCCGGUUACCGGAACAACCGUCACUUAGUCAGACUUAUGAAACACCAAGUGGUACUAUCAGUUCUCGGUUUUCUGAUAAUCCUCAAGGUCACAUGACACAUAAGAUACUCGAUCCACACUCGAAAGAAGCCAGAAUGAUGAUAAGAGAAGCUUUUGAAGGUCAUGGAAGUAGGUCACUUCUAAAGUCAGCCAUUUUACAUGGGAACCAGGAGAAUCAAAGGCUUGAGAUUGGAGCCCGGCAUUUGCCAGAUAAUUCAAACAUUUCGGAAUCAAACUCAAACUUGUUAAAUGAAGCUGAAAAACUUGUUAUAGAUUUACAUGAAAGUGGAAAUCAUUCUAUCCCUCUGAAUCAAGAAGAUGAGGUUGUCCAAAGGUUAAGGUCACAAAUUCAACAGUUAAGAGACAGCACAGAACAAUACAGGGACAGUUCUAUACCCAUUGCUCUUUUCAGAAAUGAACACUCAGUUCCGGAGAUCCUGAUACAAAACAUCUCUUCACAGCAACAGAACAUGGAACCAUCCCAUUUCCCAGCAUACCAUCAUGCAACUGGUUCCCCUCCAGCUUAUAACUCCUCUUCACAUGGUCUGAUAAAUUUGCCAGUUUCAGAUAUUGAGACACAGUCUAGUGUGACCAUGACCUCUGUUUCCCAAAACGAAAGUCAAGGUCAAAUUCAUUCCCUGCAGUCAUUGCAGGGUCAAGGUUACACACCAGUUGCCUCUCAACCAGCAUCUAGUCAGUAUGGAUCUGAUGGGACACUGUAUCAGGGUUAUUACCAGGAACAUUAUGAUAUUGAAAAUUACUGAGGAAAUAAAUAAAAUAAUUAAUUGGAAGUAUUUUUUUGAAAAUCGUGAUAAAAUUUAAUAUGAAAUCUUUGCAUGAAGUCUUUGUUAAUAGACAGUUAUUUGUAUUUCAUAUAUUUUGCUUAGUAAUUUUAAUUACAAUGUACAAUGAAUUUGCUCAAUUAAGUAUAAUAUUUGUAUAGAAAAAAUAUGGAUGAGUUUGUAUAGUGAUACUGAUUUCAAGACUUAGGCCAAGGCUUUUAAAUGAAAUGAGCAGCAUCAAGACAAAACCAACAUAAUGCAUUUGCGACCAACCAGCAGUCUGAUCAGGAUCCAUGCUGUUCGCUUACAAACCC